UUUAAUAACCUCCCCUGAUCUAUAUUUCCUUCGCUGACCCUCAUCGAUAGCCCUUUCAAGAGGAUAACACUAUAGCCAUCAUUAGAAGGGAAUACAAGGUUAGAAGAUAGACUGUUCAAUGGCAUAUUGUAUUUUCCUAGUAAAUCUACAGGAUCUCUUCUCUAUCUCCCUUUGUAAUCAACAUUCAUCAUGCUGGAGGAUGAGGACGUUGAUGUCAAGCCAAAAAUCACAGAAUCUGAUGAUUGGACGACUCCUGGGAACUUUCACGGUAAAUCGCUCACAGAUGAGGUAAAAACCGUCGAAGAUAAAUGGCAACUUCUACCAGCAUUUUUGAAAACUAGAGGUCUUGUUAAGCAGCAUAUCGAUUCCUACAACCACUUUGUAGACGUAGAAUUGAAGAAUAUUAUAAAAGCAAAUGAAAAAGUUACAAGCGAUGUCGACCCAAAGUUUUACCUUAAAUAUACAGAUAUCCACGUAGGCAACCCAGAGAGACAGGAUGCAGACUCAGUAGAUAAAUCAAUUACCCCUCAUGAAGCCAGAUUGAGAGAUAUGACCUACAGUGCACCAAUCAGGAUCAGCGUCGAAUACACCAGAGGUAAACAAAUCGUUAGAAGGAGAGGUAUUCCUAUUGGUAGAUUACCUGUUAUGUUGAGGAGCAAUAAAUGUAUAUUGUCAGGAAAGGAUGAAGAGACUUUAGCACGCUAUCGAGAGUGUCCGCUUGAUCCAGGUGGUUAUUUUGUUGUUAAAGGUACAGAAAAGGUCAUCCUCGUACAAGAACAACUUUCAAAGAACCGUAUGAUUAUCGAAACUGAUCCAAAAAAGAAUGUCCAAGCUUCCGUCACCAGUUCUACCCAUGAACGUAAAUCUAAGUCAUACGUCGCAACAAAGAACGGAAAGAUUUAUCUUCGUCAUAACUCCAUUGGUGAUGAUGUCCCUAUUGUAGUCGCUCUUAAGGCUAUGGGUGUCACAUCUGAUAAAGAAAUUUUGCAAUUGGUUGCAGGACACGAUGAUGAGUACAAGGAAGUUUUCUACAUUAACAUUGAAGAGGCGCUUAGAAUGGGUAUUCACACUGAAAUGCAGGCGCUUGAGUGGAUUGGCGCUAGAAGUAAAUCAGCUAGACGUGCAGUUGGACCAGCUCAUCAAAAGCGCCCAGUUUGGGAAGAUGCUAUCGAGACACUCAGUACUAUCGUCUUGGCACAUGUUCCUGUAGAGAACCUUAAUUUCCGUCCAAAAGCUAUCUACGUUGCAGUCAUGGUUAGAAGAGUACUUAUGGCUAUGGUCGACGAAAAGAUGCUUGACGAUCGUGAUUAUGUUGGUAACAAGCGUCUAGAGUUAGCUGGACAGCUCCUUUCACUUUUGUUCGAAGAUUUAUUCAAGAAGUUUAAUCACGAUCUCAAACUCAACAUCGACAAGGUGCUCAAGAAACCAAAUCGUACGACUGAAUUUGAUGCUUAUACGCAGCUUCUUUAUGGUGGCGAUCACAUCACAUCUGGUUUCGUUAGAGCAAUAUCAACGGGUAAUUGGUCUCUGAAGCGUUUCAAGAUGGAAAGAGCAGGUGUUACGCAUGUCCUCAGUAGAUUAAGUUAUAUUUCAGCUCUUGGUAUGAUGACUAGAAUUUCUUCUCAAUUCGAAAAGACGAGAAAGGUUUCUGGUCCUCGUGCACUUCAACCAUCUCAAUGGGGUAUGCUUUGUCCGUCCGAUACACCAGAGGGUGAGGCUUGUGGUUUGGUCAAAAACUUGGCGCUUAUGACCCACAUUACUACUGAUGUUGAGGAAGAACCAAUUGUCAAUAUUUGUUACAUGCUUGGUGUCGAAGAUGUUUGUUUACUCACUGGUACGGAGUUAUAUAGACGGGAUACCUACAUUGUAUCUCUUAAUGGUAACCUCAUCGGUGUCACCAGACAUCCACUCAAGUUUGUUACUCAAUUUAGAAAGCUUCGUCGCAACGGAUUUAUCAAUGAAUUCGUUUCUGUCUACAUCAAUCACCAUCACAAUUCUGUCAAUAUUUCUUCAGAUGGUGGUCGUAUCUGUAGACCAAUGAUUAUUGUCGAAAAUUCAUUCUCAAAGGUCACCAGUGAACACAUAAAAAUGCUCAAAGCAGGUAAGAUUGAUUUCGAUGCCUUUUUGACACAAGGUUUGGUUGAGUACCUUGAUGUAAACGAAGAAAAUGAUGCAUACAUCGCUAUCAGCGAAAAUGACAUAACGGAGACAUCUACACAUUUGGAAAUUGAACCAUUCACACUUCUCGGUGCUUGCGCUGGACUUAUUCCUUACCCUCACCACAAUCAAUCACCUAGAAACACUUACCAAUGCGCGAUGGGUAAACAAGCUAUAGGCGCAAUUGCUUACAACCAACUUAACCGUAUUGAUACAUUGCUUUACUUGAUGGUUUAUCCUCAACAACCAAUGGUUAAGACUAAGACAAUUGAAUUGAUUGGAUAUGACAAAUUACCAGCAGGACAAAAUGCUAUGGUUGCUGUCAUGUCUUACUCAGGUUAUGAUAUUGAGGAUGCUUUGAUUUUGAACAAGGCAUCUCUCGAUCGUGGCUUUGGUCGUUGUCAAGUUAUGAGAAAGUAUUCUACGAUGAUCCGUAAAUAUCCAAAUGGUACACACGAUCGUCUCGCAGAUGCACCAAUUGGAUUGGAUGGAGUGAUACCAAAGAAGUAUCAGGCGCUUGAACCAGAUGGUAUUGCUGGUGCUGGUGAACGUGUAGACACAAACGAUGUUAUCGUCAACAAGCAAUCACCUUCCAACGCUCUCGAUAAUUCCAUCAAUCCAGGUCAAGCAGAUUCAUCAACUUAUAAGAAUGCACCAAUGUCUUAUAAAUCACCUGUACCAGGUUUUGUCGAUCAGGUCUUGAUCACUGACACAGAAAGUGAACAAACCCUCGUCAAAGCCUUACUUCGUCAAACUCGUCGUCCAGAAUUAGGUGAUAAAUUCUCAUCCCGUCACGGUCAAAAAGGUGUUUGUGGUUUAAUUGUACCUCAAGCAGAUAUGCCUUUCAACGAUCGUGGUAUAACACCAGAUGUUAUUAUGAAUCCUCAUGGUUUCCCAUCUCGUAUGACAGUCGGUAAAAUGAUUGAAUUGUUGUCUGGUAAAGCUGGUGUUAUAAGAGGUACACUUGAAUAUGGUACAGCAUUUGGUGGAUCGAAAGUAGAUGAUAUGUCACAGGUACUUAUAGAUAAUGGUUAUUCAUACGCUGGUAAAGAAACCAUGACGAGUGGUAUUACUGGUGAAUGUCACACUUUCUAUACAUAUCUCGGCCCAAUUUAUUAUCAAAAAUUGAAGCACAUGGUUCUUGACAAGAUGCACGCUAGAGCUCGUGGUCCACGUGCAGUUCUCACUCGUCAGCCUACAGAAGGUCGUUCCAGGGAUGGUGGUCUUCGUCUUGGUGAGAUGGAGCGUGACGCUUUACUUGGUUAUGGUGCUGCUCAUCUUGUCAGAGAACGUCUCAUGUUGUCAUCUGAUUUAUUCCAUGUUGACGUUUGCAACGACUGUGGUACGAUGGGCUACAAUACCUUCUGUCCAAUGUGUAAGAGUCAGAAAAACAUUUCAAACAUCCAAAUUCCAUAUGCCGCCAAACUUCUCUUCCAGGAACUCCUCGCCAUGAACAUAUAUCCGAAGAUCAGUCUUGAGGAUGCUGUUUAGGGUUUUAGAAAGUAAUCAAUUUGUACAUUUAUUUAUUAUGCAUUCAAAUACAAAUACACACCGAAGAAAAUAUAAGAAAGUUGAUUAAGAGAAAUGGAAAUGGUGAGAUUUAUGUUUUUAUCUACGCCGUCCUAGGUAUUUGUCGCCUUCCAAUUAGUCUUUUAACAAUUGUGCCAAAGCUUUAGGUUCAUUUUUGAACUAUAGUCUCCCUUGCACUUAAGAGAAACAAAAGUCACGUACGAGACUCCCGAUCCAGGAGACUCUAUUGUCCCCGCUGAUACGGUUUCUGUAGCCAUAUAAACAGUGAAGUAAAUGCAGUAGCCUACAAUACUGGUAUUAUGGCCUUGGUCUUCACCCGCACACCUUAGUUGGCAUGGGCUUACCUUACGAAUACAACGCUCUCGUAUUUGAGAAAUUACAAAAUCAUGAUUCUUUUCUUUUAUUCCUCGAUUCGAAUUAGCAAGAACAUAGGAUGCGCUGGACACAAUCUUCCUUUGCUUCGUUUCAACUUCUACCCAUUAUCCUGGUAGUUCUUUUGGAAAUCCAGCUUGUGCUUUCGAGACGCUCUGAUGCUUUCUUCGGUAAACUAGGCCCCUUGGAUUUUAUUACUGUCCUGGAAAAACUACCCAUCAAAGAUCGCAAAUGGUACUGUUCCUGAGAUCAUUUUUGCUGUUCACCCACGUGUAAAGAUAUAACGUGCUGAAGAUUAUGGGGGGUGCUUCCCUACAUGUGAUAGCCAGAAAGUGUCACGGAAAUCCAGAUUCUAUACGCCAAGUCUUUGAUCUAGGCACCUCGCGGUGAUUAUACAACCUUAAAAUAACUCUCAGCAAAGCUCUUUAAAGCUUAGCAAUGAAAGAACCUUGUAAAAUGGUUUAUUACGCGGGCAACUUUAUCUGAAGUAACAUGACAUGUCGUCACGACUAUUGCUAUCAUUUACGUACGAGUGUCGCAAUUAGAAGUGGCGGCAAAUGUCAACCAAAAAUUAUUUUUAGAAAUCUUACUUAAAUAUCAUCGGUGUAUUAAAAGCGAGCCAAAAGUUAUCUAAUAUAUACCUUUUUACCAUCAAUAUUCGUCUUAAUGGGGAACUACUCUACUAAUCCGGAAACAGCCGUGCGAGGAGAAAGAAGUCCGAACUUUUAUAUAAAAGCACGUUCGACUAAUAUUUGUCUAUAUGUCUUAUGCUAGCUCGCUAUUUGCUAAUUUCUUGAUUGAC